AUGACCAACAUUCAACAAUUGCUUGUUAGUAACCCUAUCAUUCCAGCACCUAAUUUAGCCUAUCCAUUUUGCCUUGUCGCUAAUGCUAGUUCAUAUGGCAUUGGUGCCUGUUUAUAUCAAGUUAUCAAAAAGCGUAUUUACUAUAAUGGCUUCAUCGCCCAUAAACUAUCUGCCAGUGAGCAACGCUAUGGGUCAUCCAAGCGUGAGCUUUUGGCAGUGGUUUAUGCUUUUAAUAAGUUUCGCCAAUGGUUACGGGGUGAAAAGUUUCAUUUAUUCUUGGAUAAUCGUGGUCUAUUGUACCUACAUUCUCAAGAGAAACUUACUCGUAUGAUUGAGAACUUUUAUGAUACAAUUUUUGAAUUUCACUUUGAUAUCACAUACUGUAUGGGUAUGGACAAUAUUCUAGCAGAUCGGCUUUCUCGCAUCUUUGUACCUGGUACAAAGAAGCUGGAGGGGUGUGGUUCUCUCGCUAGAAGAGCUACUGUUAUUAAACGGAUAUUAGAUCCAAUCGAGCCUACAAAUGAUAAAGACCUUCAUGAAGCUAAGAAGCAAAAGAAGGGUAUUAAAGCAAAUGACAUUAUUUUACAGCCUUUCAACCAGAGUACUCAGGGUACCAAAAUUAAUGAUACUGAGAAUAAUGCUAAUAAGGAAAAUACAAACAGUAACACAGUAAGCAGUGCACUCACAGAAACUGCAAAUUCUGACAGCAAGGACAAUAAAGAAUUGUGCAUUUAUGCAUCACAUUUGGACAUUUAUGAAGUACCUAAAAGUGAAGAACAAAAGCAAGAACUAUUAGAAAAAUCUCACCUUUUAGGACACUAUGGAAUCACUGCUAUGGAGCAGGUUAUACAUGAAGAUUACCAAAUGCAUUGGAAAGGGCUCAGAAAAGAUAUUGAACGAUAUGUCAAGAACUGUAGCAAAUGCAGGAUAUUUAACAUAGGAAGACAUGUAUAUCAUCCAUCAAAGAAUCAUACUGCGGAUUCUGUUGGAGAUCAUUGGGCUUUUGACCUAGGCACAUUUGAUGUUACUACUCCUAGAGGUAACAACUUUAUCUUGGUAGCAAUGGAUCUAUUCUCAAGAUUCAUUGUAUUACGGGCGUUUCCAAACAAAACUGCAACAACAGUUGCUAAAGAAAUUGUCUCUAUUUUUAGUCUUUUUGGUUACCCAAAAAUCCUUUCUCAUGAUAAAGGUAAGGAGUUCAGUUCUCAAUUACUAGAGAGCAUUGCUGCCAAUGCAAAGAUAGAGCAAAGGCUUUCACUUCCAUGGUGCCUGUUAGGCAACAGCGCUUGUGAAGCCGCGGUCAAGAGCUCAAAGACCAUCGUCAUUAACAUGCUGGAUGGAUGUGCCGAAAAUUGGGAUUUGUAUCUUGAUGGCACAGACUAUAGCUUAAAUUUACAUAAAUCAAGGCUACACGGCAUGAAACCAUUUGUUGUCAUGUUUGCCAGGCUUCCUAAUGAAUUAAAAGACUAUUCUGAUGUUGAAAUGAGUCUUCCAGAACAAACAUUAAAUGCCAAGGCCUUGAAAGACAAGAUCAAGAGAAUUGACAAAAUUCUUGUACCUGCAAUCAAGGAGCAGAUUGUCGAAUCACAGAAAGCUGACAAUGCUUAUUUUAUGAAGCGACACAAAAUUCUAAAGAACCCAUUCCCCAUAGGAGCUUCUGUCAUGAUUAAGAAUGUAGAAAGUAAGAACAGUAAAACUGACCCUAAAUACGAGGGCGUGUUCUAUAUUCAUGGUUAUACAAAGAAUGGCAGUUACAUUCUAAAAGAUGAAACCGAUACAUUCUUAUCAAGAGAUGUUCCUACAUCUCACAUUAAAUUGAUGAACGAGAAUUCACCUCCUCCAGAACCUGCUGAUAAACGUUAUGAAGUUGAGGCUAUCCUCAAACAUAAGGGUAAAGCGCCUAACUAUCAAUAUCUCGUUACUUGGAAGGAUUACGAUUGUAGUUAUGAUUCAUGGGAAACUCCAGAGUUGUUUGAUUCAAGACAACCUAUCAAACAGUACUGGGCGAGAGUAGGAGCACCUGAAAAGAGCUCUGGUAAAAGGCAAAGAGUACCUAAAUCAAUCAACAAAAGAUCGGUUGCAACGCGUGAAGAGAGAUCUACAAAGAGACAUGCGCGGUUGAUUGAGAAUAGACAACCAUCAUCUUUAUAG